UAAAGAAAUGAUUAUUAAGUGUAGGAGGACAGGUAAAUAAGUUGAAGUUGACUUUCUAGGUGAAAAAAAGAACCCACAUGCUAUAGCAUGCAUGCUGGUUUAAGGUAAAAAGAAUUUUCGUAAAUAUCUUUGCCGAGGAAUGAAGCAGCGAUAGCUAUGUUGUAAUGUGACGUAUACAUGUAGUUGUGUCAUUGACGCUCGCGUGUUCCUCCUGUUCGGAUAGAAAUCGAGCAUGGCAGGCCUAAGGGGAAAUUUGACGUCAGUCGAGACAUAUCUCACGCAUGGAGAUGAGAGGUUACGAGGCUGGCCGUUCAUGGACAGUCCCAUUCCGGUCCUAACCGUAUUUGUCCUCUAUCUGAUGAUGGUCAAACAGGGACCCAAGAUGAUGGAGCAACGGAAACCAUUCGAGGUGCAGGGUCCCAUGGUUCUGUAUAAUCUAGCUGUGAUGGUGCUGUCGAUUUAUAUAACCUUUGAGAAAUUGAUCUCCGCCGUGCAGUCUUCAUACAGCUUAAGGUGUCAACCCGUGGAUUACUCAGACGACCCCAGAGCAAUAAGGAUGCUGAAUGCGAGCUACUGGUAUUUUAUAUCCAAAAUCAUUGAGCUUCUAGACACAUUUUUCUUCAUUGUUCGGAAGAAAGAGAGACAGAUCACCUUUCUACACGUCUACCACCAUGCUAUAAUGUUACUCCACACUUGGUGGUUUGUGAAGUUUGUCCCCGGAGGCCAGACGUUUGUCCUGGGUUUCCUGAAUUCCUUUGUCCACAUUUGGAUGUACGCUUAUUACGGACUGGCGGCUAUGGGCCCUCACAUGCAGAAAUACCUAUGGUGGAAGAAAUAUCUCACGAAGCUUCAACUGUUCCAGUUUGUGUUGACUAGCUCCCACGCCCUCUAUAACGUCUGCUUCGGCGACUGUGGCUUCCCGCGCUUGUUUUCCUUGUCCAGUGUCAUCCAGUCCGCCAUAUUUUUCAGUCUAUUUAUGAAUUUUUAUUUACAAGCAUAUAAAAAGUCAAAAACCAGUUAAACUCGACUCAAUUUUACAAAAGUGUUGCAAGUUUUAAUUUAUGCCGGUGUUUCGUGGUUGGUUUUUUUUGUUUUUUUUUACAUGUAAUUGCUCAGCGAUGCUGAACAUUUUCCGUAUAAAGCAUGUAUUAUGUAGCUACGACUUU